UUUACGUCAUUUAGCACACACACACACUGAGAAAAUAUUGUUUCCAUGGUAACAGGCAGGAAGUUGGGGUUCACCAUAGACCUGGGGAAACUCCACAAUGUGUCUUUGGGUCAGGGUCAGGAGGCUGUGGCUGAGGUCGCCAUGGAGAUGGCUGCUAAGGAGGGACACUGGGUCAUUUUACAGAAUAUCCACCUGGUGGCUCGCUGGCUGGGGUCGUUGGAGAAGCUUCUGGAACGCUGCUGUGAGGGCAGUCACCAGGACUACAGAGUGUUUAUGAGUGCUGAGCCUGCCCCCACACCACAGGAGCACAUCAUCCCUCAGGGCAUCCUGGAGAAUGCCAUCAAGAUCACCAACGAGCCUCCCACUGGCAUGCAUGCCAACCUUCAUGCUGCUCUGGACAACUUCGACCAGGACAUAUUGGAUCAGUGCAGAAGAGAGCAGGAGUUUAAGACCAUCCUGUUCUCUCUGUGUUAUUUUCAUGCCUGUGUGGCUGAGAGGCGUAAGUUCGGUCCUCAGGGUUGGAACAGGAAAUACCCCUUUAACACUGGAGACCUCACCAUCUCUGUCAACGUGCUCUACAACUACCUGGAGGCCAACUCACAGGUGCCGUGGGAGGACUUGCGCUAUCUGUUUGGAGAGAUCAUGUAUGGAGGUCACAUCACAGACGACUGGGACAGAAGACUCUGUAGAACCUACCUGGAGGAAUAUAUGCAGCCCAACCAGUUUGACAGGAAGUUGGCUCUGGCUCCGGGCUUUGUGGUUCCCUCCAACCUGGACUACCAGGGUUACCAUGGUUACGUAGAUGAGAUGCUGCCCCACGAGAGCCCGGUGCAUUAUGGACUACACCCCAACGCAGAGAUAGAGUUUCUGACGGUGACCUCUGAUAACCUCUUCCACACACUGCUGGAGCUGCAGUCACCUGAUUCUGUGAUGGGAGAGGGGGCUUCACAGACCGUAGAGGAGAAGGUGAAGACCAUCCUAGACGAGGUGUUGGAGAAGCUUCCAGAAGAGUACAACAUGUCAGACAUCUACGAGAUACGACGCUCACUCAAGGAGCUGGACCUGGGGCUGAAGGGUGAGCUGGCUAUCUCCUCAGAGAUGGAGCAGAUCCAGUCAGCUCUGUUCUUUGAUAACGUCCCAGACACCUGGACCAAACUGGCCUACCCCUCCACUUACAGCCUGGCCCAGUGGUAUAAUGACGUGUUGCUGCGCUGUAGAGAGCUGGACAGCUGGACACAGGACCUGGCUCUGCCCACCGUCGUCUGGCUGUCUGGACUCUUUAACCCACAGUCCUUCUUAACAGCGGUGAUGCAGUCUCUGGCUCGUAAGAAUGAGUGGCCGUUAGAUAAGAUGAACCUGACUGUGGAUGUGACUAAGAAAUUUAAGGAAGAGUUCAACCAGCCUGCCAGAGAGGGAGCAUACGUAUACGGACUAUACAUGCAAGGUGCAAGAUGGGACACUCAGGGUGGGGUGAUCACUGAGGCUCGUCUGAAGGAGUUAACCCCCUCCAUGCCAGUCAUCUCAGUCCGAGCCGUACCUAACGACAGACAGGAGACGCGUAACAUCUAUGAGUGUCCCCUGUACAAGACCAAGCUGAGAGGAACCACUUAUGUCUGGACCUUCAGCCUCAAGACCAGAGAGAGACCAGCCAAGAACUUUGUGGAGGAGAAGUUGGGGGUGAAGUAUACAGAGGGGAGGAAGACAGAGUUUGCUAAGUCCUUCAGAGAGAGUGGACCUGCCUCGCCUGUAUUCUUCAUCCUGUCUCCUGGAGUAGACCCUCUCAAAGACGUGGAGUCACUGGGCAGGAAGUUGGGGUUCACCAUAGACCUGGGGAAACUCCACAAUGUGUCUUUGGGUCAGGGUCAGGAGGCUGUGGCUGAGGUCGCCAUGGAGAUGGCUGCUAAGGAGGGACACUGGGUCAUUUUACAGAAUAUCCACCUGGUGGCUCGCUGGCUGGGGUCGUUGGAGAAGCUUCUGGAACGCUGCUGUGAGGGCAGUCACCAGGACUACAGAGUGUUUAUUAGUGCUGAGCCUGCCCCCACACCACAGGAGCACAUCAUCCCUCAGGGCAUCCUGGAGAAUGCCAUCAAGAUCACCAACGAGCCUCCCACUGGCAUGCAUGCCAACCUUCAUGCUGCUCUGGACAACUUCGACCAGGACAUAUUGGAUCAGUGCAGUAGAGAGCAGGAGUUUAAGACCAUCCUGUUCUCUCUGUGUUAUUUUCAUGCCUGUGUGGCUGAGAGGCGUAAGUUCGGUCCUCAGGGUUGGAACAGGAAAUACCCCUUUAACACUGGAGACCUCACCAUCUCUGUCAACGUGCUCUACAACUACCUGGAGGCCAACUCACAGGUGCCGUGGGAGGACUUGCGCUAUCUGUUUGGAGAGAUCGUGUAUGGAGGUCACAUCACAGACGACUGGGACAGAAGACUCUGUAGAACCUACCUGGAGGAAUAUAUGCAGCCCAACCAGUUUGACAGGAAGUUGGCUCUGGCUCCGGGCUUUGUGGUUCCCUCCAACCUGGACUACCAGGGUUACCAUGGUUACGUAGAUGAGAUGCUGCCCCACGAGAGCCCGGUGCAUUAUGGACUACACCCCAACGCAGAGAUAGAGUUUCUGACGGUGACCUCUGAUAACCUCUUCCACACACUGCUGGAGCUGCAGUCACCUGAUUCUGUGAUGGGAGAGGGGGCUUCACAGACCGUAGAGGAGAAGGUGAAGACCAUCCUAGACGAGGUGUUGGAGAAGCUUCCAGAAGAGUACAACAUGUCAGACAUCACGUCUAAGACUGCUGAGAGAUCACCAUACAUCCUGGUCUGCUUCCAGGAGUGUGAACGUAUGAACACGCUCAUCUACGAGAUACGACGCUCACUCAAGGAGCUGGACCUGGGGCUGAAGGGUGAGCUGGCUAUCUCCUCAGAGAUGGAGCAGAUCCAGUCAGCUCUGUUCUUUGAUAACGUCCCAGACACCUGGACCAAACUGGCCUACCCCUCCACUUACAGCCUGGCCCAGUGGUAUAAUGACGUGUUGCUGCGCUGUAGAGAGCUGGACAGCUGGACACAGGACCUGGCUCUGCCCACCGUCGUCUGGCUGUCUGGACUCUUUAACCCACAGUCCUUCUUAACAGCGGUGAUGCAGUCUCUGGCUCGUAAGAAUGAGUGGCCGUUAGAUAAGAUGAACCUGACUGUGGAUGUGACUAAGAAAUUUAAGGAAGAGUUCAACCAGCCUGCCAGAGAGGGAGCAUACGUAUACGGACUGUACAUGGAAGGUGCAAGAUGGGACACUCAGGGUGGGGUGAUCACUGAGGCUCGUCUGAAGGAGUUAACCCCCUCCAUGCCAGUCAUCUCAGUCCGAGCCGUACCUAACGACAGACAGGAGAUGCGUAACAUCUAUGAGUGUCCCCUGUACAAGACCAAGCUGAGAGGAACCACUUAUGUCUGGACCUUCAGCCUCAAGACCAGAGAGAGACCAGCCAAGUGGGUACUGGCUGGGGUGGCACUGCUGCUCAGUGUGUGAGCUGUCAGGGUAGGAACUCUGCUUGUGAGAGAAAUGAGGUGAAGGUGGAGAAGGAUGAGGGGCCUGAUGCUCUACAAGACUGUUGGUUAAAAAGGGUUUUUUUGAGGUUGGAAAGAGGCAAGGUAGUUUUUUCUUUAGUUAUUCGUAGGGUGUGUAUUUUCUGCAUUAUGUUGCUAAGUGUGAGAAAAGUUAUUUUAUGUAAAAUACGCAUGUUUUACUACAUAUCCCUCAAGCCAGGUUUCAUGCUGCUAUUGAAAUAUAAAAGGAAUUUGUAUAGUACUGUUUUAGCACCUGAAAGCUAUAUGAUAAUGUAUAAAGCUAUAUUAAGUUUUUUUCAUAUGAAUUAGUAUGAAUAUAUCUGUAUUUUUCUGAAUUUAUUGAAAAACAAUACAGUACAAGCUGCAAAAUAGUUUCACACAUUUGAUCACAGUAAGAGCCCAUUACUUCAAAGCUUAUUAUUUUGAACAAAUCAACUGUAUCGUCUAACAAGUGUACAAAUCUAAAAGCAGAAAACAUUGGAUGGUACCCUUUACCUAGUCCUAGCAUCUAAAAAGGAGUGGUGUUCAAGUGCUCUAUGGUCUAUGUAACACUUGUUAAUAUGGCACAUCAGUUACAUGUCACUUUAAAAGCUUCAAUAGACUAGGGCCCGGUUUCCCAAAAGCAUCCUAAGGCUAAGUUCAUUGUUAGAACUUUAUGGAUGAACUUAGCCUUAGGAUGCUUUUGGGAAACCGGGCCCAGAACAACAUGACAGUUAGCAGGAGGAAAUCCACACUGCUCAUAAUUCUUCACCAUUAUCCCCUACAGUCCUCACACACAGGGGCGUGUAUACGUUUGGCUUC